UGAACAUCUCUGGUAAUAACAGUCUUAGACAAUCAUCAACACUUUAAAAAAGAAUGAAGACUGCCACAGUUUUUGUUUUUCUUGCCUGUCUGCUUGCAACAGAAGUACAAGGGCAGAACAAGUUUCACAAAGGCAGGUGCUUCUGUGCUGACAAAGGAGUGGAUGUGGUUUUACUGAAGAACGUUGAGAAGUUUGAAAUCAUCCCUCCAAGUCCAUCUUGUGGAAAACAGGAGAUUAUUGUCACUCUUAAGAGCGCAGAGCGGAAAUGCAUGAAUCCAGAGUCUAAAUUCACCCAGAAUUUAAUCAAGAGGGCUCUUGAAAAGAUUGCCCACCAGUAGAUGCACAGUAUGAUUCCGGAUUAGCUGCUGUGUUAUAAUGCCACUGAAGAACAUGCUGAUGCUCAUGAAAUCAGAGUAGUGUAAAUAUUUUCUGGAUUUUAACUUUUGCAACUGACUGUGAAAUAAUUAUAAAAAAAUACAAAUAAAAUAAAAAAAAGAUCAUUUUGUGUAUAUUCUUGUUUUAUGUUCAUAAAACUAAUAAACACUGUUGUUGCUGUUAUACAAUCCA